UAUAUUCCUAUCUAUAUACAUACCAAGCAACUCACAUAGUACAUACUAAGAAAGAAAACUCUAUAUCUAGAUUCUUGACGACGCAUCGCAACUGGACACAGUAAUAAUUAAAAUAAAGUUCUUACUAGAAAAAAAUGGCUUGGGAGUCUCCAAAGGAUGCCAUCCCUUGGGUGGGUUUGUACAUUGGUGUAGCCUCUCUAGUUUGCACUCUUGCUAUGGUAGGAGACUUAUAUCAAGGUUUCCGACAACGACCACGGAAACUCUGGUUUCCAUGUAGAUUUUUCAUUAUAAAUGCUGCUUCCAUCACACUCAUAGCGGUAGCAAUGAAGCUACCAGUGGAUCUUACCGUUGAGAUGUCUGAUAAUGAUGUAAGCGCAAAGUAUGUUAGCGUUUUUUUCUUGGUCACAAUGUUAGCCAACUUUCUCCCUUCUUUAGGGCUAAUGGGCGAAAAUGAACUUUUCUCAACUAUGAUAGCUUUUGGUAUCCUCAUAGUUACCAUUGCAGUGAAUGUGUGGAUCCAGUUGAGUACUAAGGUGCUUCUAGCUAGACUGGCAGGAAAAGUUUUACUUAUGUUUCCCCUAUUAUGGCCUUUUUCAGUAGCCUUGACAGUUAAAUCAUAUAGAAGUAUUUUAGAACACCGAUAUAAGGACUUUCAAAGAUUGACUACAAACAAAGUAGAGAAGAAUUUCUCUACCAAAGAACUCACACAUUGUGUUAAAAAGUAUUGGAUGUUGGCAGAAACGGGCAAUCCUCAAUUUGUGAUUGCUUGUUCACCAAUUUCUUGUGCUUUUGGGGUUUUAUGCUUCGUCUAUGACCUCUUUACUUUAUCAUUUUUAAUAAGCUGGUACACGGAUAAACCAAGUUAUGAGAAUGAAAAAUGUGAUUAUAAGUGGUCAAUCGAAGUUAUCUUAGUUGUUCAGUCAGUGGGGACUAUAGUAGCUACUAUAGCACCAAUUUUUAGAUGUUUCACUGCUACCACCUAUUUUCAACUCAACACCAGAUGGAGCCUGAAUCAUCUAAAUGUGUUCCGAGUCGAGAAACAUUGGACUGGAAGGCUCGAACAUUGGAAGGAAAUUCAUGUAGAUUUGCAUAUCCCAAACCGCCAUUGCCGAAAAGUAAUUCAUGUUGUCAAGAACAUGAUUUUGAACAUUUGUAUAGCACUUCAUAUCGCGGUAUUGGUAAUAUGUAAAUCCAUUUGUCUCAUACCCAGAUGUUGUUUAAUAUGUGUGUCUUGUUGUUGCUAUUUUCGGAAGUCAUUGUUUAGAGGGUUUAAAGAGGAAGAAAAUGCAUCUCCUACUGAAGCCAAAUCAGAGUUGAAAAGAUAUACUACUUAUGUAGUACAACUUGAAGAGGAGGCAAAACUAUCAGAGAAAAUACCAAGAAGUGCACUCAACUCAAUUAACCGACUUCUUCAAGAGUCUGAAAAAUAUGAGCCAUGUAACCUUAUUAAGCUUCUAGAAAAAUCUAAAGGAUUCAUAGGAGUCGUUGAGUUUGUCGACGAUGAAAUCCCGACUUUAUUAAAUCAAGAAGAAACCAGAUAUUGUUGGAGUCUAGUAGCAGUAACCUUAACAUCCAUUGCGAUUGCAAUUCCUAACAUUGAUGAUGGUAAUCUCAAGGCUUUACUUGCUAGCGUGAAAGAAGGCCUUGAAUUUUCAAGAAUUAUCGAGGAAAGCCUCAACACAAAUGGUGACUUGGUAAAGGCAAGAAAAGCAGCUAAGCGUAUUUGGCCUAAAAUUGAACUAUACCGCAGGUGGCUAAGAAUCGAUCUUCAAAAAAAUGCUUGUAAAGGAAGUACGCCAAAGGAGAUCAUUCAGCAGUUAGGCGAUGAAGCAGAGAAUGUUGUGAAAGAAGGCAAGAGUUACAAAAAGGGAAGUCUAGAUGACUCACUAUAUAAGUUUGCAGCAAACUCUAUGUACAGAAUCAGCCAAACAAUUUUGCGCCACUGUGAUGCACAAGAAAACUGGCCAACAAAUGAGGAACUUUUCCAGUGGAUAUCAACUAUGACCGCAGAUGUACUAUCUGCUUGCUUUACCAACUUACCACGUGUCAUAACUUCAAAGUGUCAUCACAAGACUAUGGAGAAAAGGAAAGAGAGCAUUUGGAGUGCAGCUCAACUUCUUGGUAGAUCCAAACAGAUAUUGAGUAUUCUUGAGGCGCGCCAACUUCCUAACUUAGAUUUGCACUCUCGGGCAUACUUGGAUAUGUGGCGUGCUUUACCAAAGAAUGAGAUCCCAAAUGGUUGUACUUCUCCGGUCAGGGCUAAUACAGCUUCUCCAUGUCCUAAUGAAUCGACCAUUGUCAAUAUCGCAUAAGUUUGUAUCCAUUCAUGCUAUACUCUGGAAAACCGUCCAACUUUUCUUAAGAUGUAGCAUAAGUAUUUUAGAUUACCAUACAUGUAAUUUCCAUUUAUCAAUAAUAUUGUUACUAUAAUUACCAUUA